CACUCAUAAACAGCAGGCACACAGAGAGCGAGUCAGAAAGACACAGGAUCUCAGGGCAGCAGCAGUUCAAACAGCCUGGCAGACAGAAAACAGAGUUUCAUUGAGAGAAGAUGUUUUAUUAAAGGGAAGAAGAAGAAGAAGAAGAAGUCACACAGACACACUCCAACACACACAUACUUUAAUAAAGACACAGAGCAGGCAGAAAGUCAGUCAGUCAGUCAGUCAGGAGCAGGCUGAAUCCAAAAUAUACCAACAUUAGCUAGAAAAGUCUAAUAAGGACACACUCUUAGCACACUGUCUUUCCACUUCUCACACACUCAUACACACACACAUCAAUUCGGUGCUGAGUGUGAGCGACCAGUGUGAGGAGGAGCAGGGCUCAUCAAUCCCAACAAGUGGAGCAUCAGGGAGGAAGGAGCAAGCAAGUGGAUGGAUGCCUUUUGCAGACUCAGCGGCCUGGACCCUCUGUGGGUGAGUUCAUGAUGUGUGUUCACUGACCCUGAUACAUGCAGCGGAUGUGUUUACGUUCAUGUGUGUGUGACUUUCCCCUGAGGACAGUUAAUGCGAAACCAUGUUCGGUCAUAAAGAUGUACGAUUUGGGGAUGUUAUGUUGAGUCAGCUGAGUUUCUGCUGAGUGUUAGCGCCGCAGUGUUGUGUUAUUUCAAAGACUGAAAAAUUACAGUUCAGUGUAAAUCUGCGUUAGCCACAUUAGCAUGCUUCUCUUUUGUCAACAACCCAUCAGCAUCAGGCAGAUUUUUGCUCUUUAUUAAUAAAUAAUAGGAAGAGAGCGAUAGGGUUGUGGUCGGUGGAGGGAAAUGUUAUUUAGCAGCACUUAGAAGCAGAGGAAGAAAAUCCCCAAUGGUACACAUUGACCUUCUCAGUUUGCAGCCCCUUGGUAUGUGAGUGCUUUAGAAAUCUAACCUAAAUCAAGUCUGAAUGCGAGACUUUACCUCUGGAGCGUGUCAAGAGUUGCAUUUACCGUCACUCCGCCGUGUGAUUCAGCACGGUGAGAUGCUGAGAAGUAGAGGUGUGUCAAACUGAAUGAACUGCUGCUGCUUAGUUGCUGCUGGACAGACUUUAUUGUCUUGUUUAGUAGCAAACCUCCACAUUCUGAAUCUCCACUCGAAAGUAGGAGAAUGGCCUCAAUCCAAGUGGAAUUCCAAAAUUAUUGAAUGCUCACUCUCAGCUUGCCAGUUUCCCCCUAAACUCUCUCUUUCCCUCUCUGUUUCUGUUUCUCAUUAUGCCUUUUUUUCCCCCUCCAUGACCUCAAAACAACAGCCGUAAAACUGUGUCAAGAAAGUGAAAGUGAACUACAUCUCGUGGGCUUUUGCUCUCUUUGCGAUCGAGUUCAGAAAUCAAAUAUAAUGUUUUGAGUUACAUGACAUUGAUCACUAAACAAAGAGGAUGUUUCAACACAUGUUUUUGUCUUGUUUUUGGCUGCAAAGAACAUUCGGUUAUUAAGUGUGGCAAUCAACCUUUCACAUGCUUUCGGAGCAGCGUCAUUGCUCUCUCAUUGGUCACAGCCUUGGGGUAGCAGUGGGAAUUUGUUUGGCACCAAUACAGAGCUGCACAUGCACAAUCCAGCUCAGAGGAAGAAGUUUGAUCCAGAUUUACAAUGCUGUUAAAGUGUAGAGAGAGUGGACACGUGCUUAUUCAGCUUCUUACUUUUUGUAUUAAGUCGUCCUGUAAUUUCAGGGGACAGACGAUGUCUAGCUGGAGCUGUUAGGAAAGUAAUCGAAAACCACCACAAUUACAGUGUUUGUUGUGUGAGGAACAGGGAUUGCAGUUUGUUUCAUCAGAUAUGUUAUGACCAUAUCAAGAGGUUGAAGUAAAAAGCAACAUUUAAGGUUUAAGUUUGUCCCACCUUCACAUGACGGUGUAUGAAGAGUCACCUCGCAGCCGCCAAGCUGCCCUCAUCUCCUUAACUUCGACUGGGCUGUGGGGCUGUAAUCAACCAAGGGAAUUCUUGGUCGACUAAAACCCUGAAAUUUUCAACCAAAAAUCAACUAAUCGGGGGGAUUAGGGUUAGGGUUGGGGUUAGGGUUCUGACUCUGACUCUGACGGCAAACCCAUCUGCAGCGGUGGAUGACGCGGCUCAUUGAAGUCAAAAUAUCCAAAUAUCAGCACAAGAAGGCAAUUAAACACAAAACACAAGUUGAAACGCUCAAAACAAAAAUAAAUAUUCAUCAAACCACCGGACAUCGAUUAAUGUUGACGCUCUUCAAUCUUCCUGUCUCCAGCCGGUCUUGAUUGGGCGAAUCCAAAAUGGUGAAAACACGGGGGGUGUUCUGACACCGGUUGUUACCUGUGAAAUGGGGAUGCUCUGAAAACACCCCCAUUAGCACUUGGUACGUUCCUCCUCAUGAAAUUAACCACAGACUGUAAAUUGAAAAAAAUUGAGUCGACCAAUCAGAAUUUUGGUCGACUCAGCACGUUUGGACCAAUAAGUCGACUAGGACUUUAGAGUCCUAAUGGGGAGAAGGCACAAUGAAGUGUUUGUCAAGAGUUUGACAAGAUGGAUAUCUAACAAAUGUGCCUGCCACUGACCGCAGGAGUCAGAAGGAUCCGUGAAAGCAGCCUCCCACUCACUGCCUCUUCAGAGUUAUCACAAAUGUGGAUUUUGAUACAAGAGUCCUCACAGAGACCAGUGAACCGUAGGUGCAAAACUUGAGUAUUUAUUAUGUAACCAGAACCACUUAGUGAAGCAAAAUUUGAGGGGACUCUAAAGUGAGACGUGCAGAGAUUUUUGCGAGCUUUGAUUGAAUGAAUCACCUUCAGUCAUGAUGUGAUUCAGACUUUUGUGGUUUCAGAGGCAACAAACUGCAGCGAGUGAUGGGAAACGUGAAUCAGUUCUGUAAAGGUUGAGACAUGCUCGUCUCCCUGCAACAUAUCUGUCCAUGAGGGCCUCCUGACCCGACCUGGUUUACCGACAGGGCCUUGUGUGUGUGUGGGGGGGGUGCUUUUUACAUAAUGAUCCUGCAGCUGUCACCAAUUGUGGCCUCUUUCCCCUAUACCAGCCUCGAGUCCAGCAGCACGACCAGACUGCCCCAACCAUGCUGGAAACCACUUCCUGUGGUGACUCCGCAGGGCAGCCUCGUUAGCACAGCCAGACACCCUGCCCCUCAUUAGGCCGGGGAGGUGAUAAACAAGGGACACAAGACAACAACAAGCCACUGAGUUUCCGGAGAGGGGCUUUUUUUAUUCACCUCUCCUGCUCCUGCGGCUAUUACAUAAUCACAAACUUUGGCAGCAUUUGCCAAACACACCUCGUCUGCGAGCUUUACAGGCUUCAUUAUUGCUGUAAUCCCUGACCUCACUUUUUAAUAUGUUUACAGCCUAUAUUGUCCUGCUUAAAUUAACUUACAAACUGGAGACAUGGUUAAAAAAUUCUCCCAAAUUGUCUCAGCUCUGUUGCAAAAGCGAACCUCUUCCAGCUCACAGCUUCACGGCACUGGGCACAGACUCAGUUUCUGUUGACCUGCUGCGGUUUCUCUCCACACCGCCUUGAUGGAUGAAACACAGGGCCCAAGUCUGGAUCCUCCGGACUUGGCUUUCGCCUGCUCUGUCUCUCAGAUGAUGAAUAUAAUCUCACAGUUUCACCUCACCUUCUGAGUCUUAAGCACAUUGUCUCCGUCUGAACUUUUGACCUUCUCUUUGUUGCAGGACUGGAACCGUACGUGGUACACAGCCAACCCAGACCUGACCCAGUGUUUCCAGAACACAGUGCUGGUGUGGGUCCCCUGUAUCUACCUGUGGUUGCUGGCCCCUUUCUAUUGUCUUCACCUCUACUGCCAUGACCGCGGACGCAUUCAUAUGUCCUGCCUCUGCACCGCCAAAAUGGUGAGACAUCACUUAGGCUGUGGACGGGCUUCAGUCCAUUGUUCAGAUGUUGUUUUUCAGAGUGACACAUGGGCCAAAUGUCUGAUAUUUUCUUCCCAACAUCAAUUUUUCUAUAAGGACAAACGUGACUGUACAUCCAGAGAGUUUCUUUAAUCUGUUUUCUCUCCGGUCUUGCUCAGGUGUUGGGUUUCCUGUUGGCCUCUUUUGGCUUCGUGGAGUUCUUCUACAUCCUGCUGGAGAGGAGCCAGGAGAUCCAGCAGCACAUGGUCUUCCUUCUCAGCCCCAUUAUUCGCAGUAUGACUGUGGUAAAUAGAGUGACAUUUUCCUUAAAUUUUUGACACAUUUACAUUUGUCUAAACCGUGAUUGACGACUAAAUCAGGAUGCAGUGAUUUCAAAAAUAAUUUGGGAGUUUUAGAAGUAAAAGCGUCUUCUUCUUAACCUCAUGACACUUACAUAACUUUACCAAGGCUGGAUGAGCAGCUUCCUGAUUAAUCAUUAAAUGAAGAUCUAAUAUUAGCAAGGAUGAUGACUCAGGUUCAUUUGUGGAGUUUGUCACUGGAGAGAAAAGUUGUAAAAAUAUCCAAACUGGCGGAAACCAGACUUUAUAUUAAGUGUUGCACAUAUUAGCUGUGAAGACAGUCAAAAGGUUUAAAUUAUAGACUGUAUAUAGAAUGGACGCCGUCUGCCUCUUCGCUGGGUGAAGCCACCGCGAGAACAGCACCCUCUAGUGAUGGGCUGCAGUAUAGGUCAUAAAUCCUGCCUUCUCCAGCAAUCCCUAUGGAGCUGUGGACAAACUUAAGAAAUUUAUUAAACAGAAUAUAAAAUUUUCUCCCCCCUGGUUGCGAUGUUGACAUGUAGUCUUUGUAAUGGGGCGGUCGCACGAAGCGCAAGUAAAUAUCAUCUACUCGCUUGGAUGAAUAGAAUCUAUUCGCUUUAUUCUACAAUAAUCUCUGCCAAUUCAACCAGCAGGAUCAAGUGAAAACAAAGGUGUUUUUACAAUUUACCAGGUAAUCCAACCUCCUCACUCACUUGCAUAAAGGAUAGACAAACGCUAAAUUAGCUAAACAGUUGGAAAAAAUGGUUUAAACCACAAUAUAUUGUAUCGCAAUACUCACUGUAUUGCAAAAUCUUAAAAAUCGCAAUAAUAUCGUAUCGUGGGGCCACUAGUGAUUCCCACUCCUACUGUCCUUAUUGUUGAUUCAGCUCUUUGCAUUAGACGAUAAUUCACCAGAUAAAAAUCCCUCUGUCAUGAAGAGGAGUAGAAGCAGGUAUUAAAGCCAUAACCUCUGUGUUCACUAAGGUAAUUAAUCACAUAAGAGAAAAAGGACAUUUACUCUUUGUUUCCAUGAUAUCAGGCUUCUUUAAACAUCCAGAUAAAAUGCUAUUAAGAAAAUACUGCAGACUGAGGCACCUCCUCAAGAGCCUAGAUCCACUUUUCAUAUACAGUUUGACGCUGAUUUGUGGCUAAAAUAACACGUCUGACGUCUUUCCUGCGUUGCUCUAGGUAACAGAAGAGUUUUGGGAAUAUUUCAGCCUGUGUCCUGCUGGCUCACAUGCCAAAGGCACAGAAAUGAAAGAAUAUAUAUCCUCUUCACAGUAUGUUGGCCAGACACCGAGGUGCUAAGAUGCACAACAGGGACUAGAUUUACAGUGCUGCAGGCAGUGCAAAUAUUACAGUACCCUGCAAACACAGCCUGUAUUUGACCAUCACUCAUCACAGCGCAGAGGACAUAUGUCAUGACAUCAGUUACUAUUUGAUGUGGAAUGAGCGCGGCGGUAUAUACGUGGAAAGUUGAAAUACAUGAAAAAUGUGCAUGUGAGAGAGCACAUGUAUGUAAAGCUCAUGCUAAGAACAACGGCGACAUUUUGUCACGUUUGGCUUCAAACCGUGUUUUAACACGUGGUGUGAAUUGUUGGAAGUCACUUUUUAGCACAUGUAUAAAUAUUAAAUGUUGCACCUAAGUGUUAAAUAUUAAAUCUAAAUAUUGAAUCUAAAUCUAAAUGUUAAAUCUAGAUGUUUUGGGUGAAACUAGAUAUUUAGCUAAUAUGCAAAUUCGAAAUGCCGGUAACCGGAAGUUCCAAAUUAAAAGCAGGAGGAGGUAAGAGUGUGUUUAGAGUGUGAAAUGACAUUUUAUCUGAAGAAAUUGACUAUUGGACAUAGAUUUUACAUUUAACAUUUAAAUUUAACUUUUUAGUAUGUUUCUAAGUUCACAAAUAUUGUUGUAAAUGUGCUAAAAAGUGACUUCCUGAAGCUACAUGUGACAAAAUGUUUAUAUUAUUUUUAGCAUGAGCAGCUUUACAAACGACACCCCACACAUGUCAUUAUGAGGGGAUAAAAUCAAAUGAAAUGAAGUAAGGGAGUUUAGAUUUCUAACAUAAAUACUAUGUUUUCACCAAAUCUCUGCAGUGAGUAACUCCUAAACUAAUAAUCAUUGCUCGUCCACUCCUGCAAGAAGUCGUCGCUUAACUAAACAUUUAUUUAAAAACAAACAGGCUUUUCGGUGUUGAUGGUAAUCCUGAGUAAUCCUCCACUUUAUACAAGGUCAUCUAAAGGUCUUCCAACUUUUUGGUUCAUCUUUAAAAAGCACCAAACCACCAAAUACAAAGGUGAUGAUUCACAAUUGUAGCCUCAGUCAAACCUAAUUACAUAGAAAAGGUUCGGUCUUUAUAUAUAGGCUACAGGUGUGCUGCGGGACUCAAAGUUGUGUCACAAUUUUUUCAUCUUAAGCGCCAUUGUUCUAACCAAAACUGUAUUUAAGGUGUGAUGUGAUAAGUUGCAAUGCCUCUGCACUAAGGAGGGAAAGAAAAAAGAGAGAAACUUUUAUCAAUAAGAAAUAAAAAAGCAGAUCUGCAUGUGUCAAAAUUUUCAAACAUGUAGAAGUUCAGAUCAUUUCUUUUUCUCAAACUAUAGAGUGAAACUUUGUGACUUGGAUGGCAUUUGGGAUGGGCUGCAGAACAUCUCAAAAAAAAAAAAAAAAACACGUCUGGUUUGUAAUCAGAGAAAUGUUUUAACGUGACUAGUUUUGAUGAAAGGCCCUGAGUGUUUCUCGGAACAUUGAUCCCACUCAUUUUCCUCAGAUUUUAAAUGAUACUUAACGUUGUCAGAACAAACAGAAAAGGGGUGCAGCUCACAGCAUGGGUGGCGAGGCAGGAUCCAAAUGCUGUUUAUCCUCAGCAGAAGAAAGAAUUACAACAGAGAAGAAAGAGGCUGGCUUAGGUGUUGAACCCCAGCCGGCCUCUAAAGCUGACCGACUUCAGCUUUACUCACAAAGCUUCCUCUUUCUGCAGCUCCUGCACAGUCUCACUCUCUCCGGGUCAGACAGCUUUACCUACCUGUGGUCUUUUCAGACUCCUGAGUAAAUAGCAGCACGCGUUUGGGUAAAAAUGCACUGAGACGUCUCUUGUGUUUAGGAUACAUUGAAAAAAAAAAGUCAUUUAUUUUAAGGGUACCAUUUAUCGCUCCAGGAGGGCAGACAACAAACAGCCACUAAAUCAUAUUAAGAGAUGUCACCAAUCUUUCAAUCUCUUCUCCAGACCUAUCUUAAACAAAGGUUGUAAUUUCCGUGAUGUCGAUUGUAGCCACCCACCACUAGGCCGGGAACACUGAGCUCUUGUUGCUCUGACCGACUUGUUUUGUUGCCCUUCAACUCAAGUUAAUGUAUGGGAACCAUUUCACCCCGAGUCAGCCAGCCCAGGAACAAAUCGUGGUCACUAUUGAUGAAAAGUGCAUGCAAGAUGCUGACUAUAAUCAGCAAUACCAUGACGUAAAGUUCUAUUCCCACCUCACCGCUGCACACUUCCCAUGUAAUUAUAAGGUCGGGCUUUGAUUUGGGGCUUAGUGAUAGACUUAGUUCCACCCACUGACUUGUACAAACAGAUGGGCUGAUGGUUUGCUGCAAUAUGGCAAGUCAGAGCGGAAGGCCAGGAAUAGGCCGGUUCUAACCCUUAUAUCCUGACCCAAGGUCAGCUUUACGUUCAAGAUUUGGUUUGGGGCUGAUGCAGCCUCAGCCUCAUCAGUCCAGGACUUCAAGUCCUGUACCAGGAGAGGACACAAAGUCCUAGCGGUGGGCUUAGUACGACUCACAUAUUGUGGAUCUAAUGAUGCAUGAGACAUGCUACCCAAAGAUUUGAGGCUUUUUAUUUAGUUGGGGACAACGGUGCAGCACUAAUAUUCAACACUUUUGUGAUUUCUUCAGGAAAUCAGUAUUUUGGAAAUAAGCACCUGUAGAGAAAGUUCAGCAAACGUUACAAAUCUCUUCAAACUCAUUAAACAAAGAGCUCACACCUUUGAUUUUCUUCUUUAUUUCACUUUUACUGGUUUUGUGGAUGCGUUUUUCUAACUCUCUCAACAAUACACUCCGACGAGCAUGUCGCCACUUGAGCACAAGCUAGUUUCCUAUCCCAGACAAAGAUUUUUGGACUGAAUUUGGACAAAGUUUCUAAAACGUUAAACUGCAGUUUGUGUUGGAAACAAGCAGAGUCAAGUAUUCAUUAUUUUUGUUGUAUUUUGUUUGUUGUACAUUCCAAAGACACUCAAUCAGGUGGACAGGAGUCUCUAAAAUCCUCACUGGCAUCAUUUUAAGUGCUGGUCUGUCUGCAAUCAUCCUUCAAUAUACAGACAAGUAUAAAUAUAAGAUAAAUGAACAACAGACUGAAUAAUCAGGCUGUCACCAAAGAAAAUACACGUGUUGCCUGGAUGUUGUUUACCUAAAUUCCCCCUCCUGACCACCUUACAGAGAUGAGUACAUCUUUCUCUCUCGGUGGAAUAAAUCAGUGUCAGUCGAUCUAGAGAAGCUUAUGUAAUUAGGAAACCACUCUAGUUUAUAAGAGGACAGCACUGUGGUUCAUCCCUGAGUAACCAAUGCGGUUGUCAAUAUGAAACCCAAAGCUGCUUUCUACAGACUUGAUGAUGAGCUGGCAUCACAAAUUGGCAUCUCAUUUGGCCAAUUACUCGGACAGGGACCUGUCAAGGUGGUUCAGCAACGCACACAUGACUCCUCUGUGGACAGACGGCCUUUUUUUAAAUCACUGAAAGAGUCUGUUUUUGUUUGCUUUGGUUCGGUUUUCAAAGUAAACUCCAUAACAUGGUGAAGUAACAUGAUCAGGUCAUGCCUCAUGCACAGCGUGUGUUACUUUUCCGUGGGCCCAAAUCAGCCGGAUCACAUCUGGCCAGGCUGCGGCCAGGGAAAUCCCAAACCCAAAGUUCUUUUUUGAAACCAGCAUCAGCCGCAAUAAAUCAGAGCGAGACUCUGAUUAAAGCCUCUGAGCUCCGCUGUCAACAACAGAAACGUCAACAGCUAAUAUUUGUGGGUGCAGCCUUGUGUUUUUGGAUAGUAGUGGGAUGAGCUAAAUGGAAACUUGGAAUUAAACACUUUUUUUCAUACCUUUAAAAAACGCAUUUAAAAAAAUCUCUGAGAUUUGAGAUAAGGAAGUUCCUCAACUGCCUGAACCACAUUUUUAAAGUCUGAUUGUCCCUCUCUGCAUCUUUCUAUAGAUCCUGGCAUUGUGCAUCAUCCAGUUAGAGAGAGUGAGAGGAUGUCGGUCAUCUGUAUUCCUCUUCCUGUUCUGGGUUUUGGCGGUCGUCUGCUCCCUGGUGCCGCUCAGAGCAAAGAUCCAGCUGGCCAUGGACGAGGUAUGUUUCUAGCUUUUUUAAUCAUACACAACAUCAACAGUAUGACUUAAUAAAGUAUCUUGAAAGUUUUACCACUCGGUAUUUGAGGCAUGUGCACUUUACAGUGAAAGUGAAGGUGUUAGUCCAGUCUGAACUCAGUGAACCUGCGGUGUCAAAACAUCGUGCAGAGAUAUCUAAUCAGGUCCACUCUUACCCAUCGUCUAGACACCCGACUCCAGCGGCACAGCUUGAGCUCUACCCUGUGUCAGCAGAGAGUUUCUAUUUCAUCCUCUUAUUUUAACCAAGGUAACCUAAAGUUAACCAAGUGUUGGAGGAUAAUACUGCCAAUUCUGGUCAAGCAUGUGUGUGUUUAAGUUUUCCUUUUCUUCCUGUGUAUCCUGUCAGACACUGCAAUCAUUGUUGCACGGGGUAAGUUUCUAUUUAGGCGCUCACUGCCGUGGGGCUGUCGCAUUUGCAUUUCUAUAAAAAACGCACAAACAGACACACACAUCCAUAUUUCUGUUUUAUCGUCGUCAGUGUGACAUUCCCACACUGCUUGGGGGAAAGUAAUGAUGGCCCUGGGAUAAGUGCUGGUGAGACAUGGCAGCCCAGGGUCAGACCAGAGGAACGUCAGCGCUGUGUUUAUGGGCCUACACUGCUGUAAACACAGCCAGAUGGAAAUCUAUGCAUCCGCACAUAAUACCAUUAAGAGUACAGACACAGAGUUUUGGUUUCAUACUGUACUAUAAAAGAUUGCCCUUUCCAAAUAUUCACCACAAUCCUGUAGAAACACAUUUGGACUACCGCAGUGUUAUGCCUGGAUUUUGUACAUUUGCUUCUCUCAAAACUUUAAUAACAUCGAGUGGCUUUGGUAUGGUCACAUAAGUGGAAAGUAAUAUGUAGUGUGUAAGGCCAACUGAAAUUAAAUGGUCUGACCUGGAUUUUAAUUAGCAAACGGUAAACUGGUGAAUGGACUGCGUUAAUGCGGCGCCGUCUCUGGUCCUCUGACCACUCAAAGCACUUUUACGAUAUACGGUACGUCACACGAAAACAUUCAGUCGUUUAUGUCCUGGGCUCUGAGGAAAGGUUAUGAAUCCAAAAACCUUUUACGUAACUAGGGCUGGGCGAUAUGGCCUCAAAUCAAUAUCAGGAUAUAUUGAGCAGUUCACCUCGAUAACGAUAAAUGGACGAUAACUACUCCACAAGCUGCUCACCCCCUCCCACAUUAACUUUGUCUACUUCAGCCGCCACAACUUUUGAACCGUUCUCCAUCUCCUCACCUGUCUUUCCCUCUAUAUUAUGACAUAGGCCAGCGUCUUAAAGGGACAUGAGACCAUCGCCUAGGUACACACAUCCAAAAACAAUUUUUAUUUAUUUAUUUUUUUGACACCAAAUAUGCCAAAAUGGGCAAAAUGACAUUGGUUAUCGUCAUAGAUUUCGGUAUCUGUAAAUUUUUGGUUUAUUGCCCAGCCCUAGGUAGUAUUAAGUAAUUUUGAUCCUCUAACAUCCAUAACUCUAUCUGUAGGUGGCAGCCCCAAUAGAAACCGGCCUGGAUCUUUAUAUAUCUUGUUUUUGAAUCUUGCUGUCACCUCCUUAGAUACACAUGACCAGAACUUUGAUAUUCUUGGACAGCUUCAAAAGCAGUGUAUAUGUGUUCCACUUGUUAACUUAUUUAUUUUUUUUGACACCGAAUAUAUCAAUACGGGCAAAAUGACGUUGGUUAUUGUCGCAAAUUUCGGUAUUGGGAAAUUUUCAGUUUAUCGCCCAGCCCUAUACAUAACCUAUGAUGCAUUGUGCUAAAAAAAGAAAAAAAUCAGGUACAUGGUGAAAUAUUCCUUUGUCUUUCUACGUGAGGUUUUGUGGCGUACGUUUUGUAACUGUCUAGCCGAACAAGACCGGUCAUCAUCAUUCGUGUUUGUUUUUGUUGCAGUCGUUCUUCUACUUGUGCAAAAAUUAAACAACCAACUGGACUGCCAAUCAGAUGUGCAAAAAAAAAAAAUCAAAUUGGUCGUUUUUAUCAACCAUCAGUUGUUAAAAAUGAACAUAUCUGUUUUUCUGACGGUUGUUUUUGUACGAGUUUAUGUAACACUGUUAGAAAAAACAGAUUUCUUGUGUUAGGAGUAACAGUAGAAACAUGGAAGUAUCGUUUUUUUCUCUGUGUAUAUCUUUGACGGACACUUUUUUUUUUUUUAACAUUAAGCGUUUAUUUGACACGGACAUGUUAAAAGUUGAAGUUGACAGGGUUCAUGUUUGCAGACCCUUGACCACUCUUAGUUGCUUGACCUACAUUUUUCCCACCCACUCUCCGACCAUCCUGACCCAGUUUUUCCCCGUGUGGCCGGAUCCAUUUGGCCCCUUCAUAUCUCUUUUUCUGGGCAUUGCUCCACACUUUUCAUAGAAAGUCAUUUGACUGUUUACCGUGGCUCUGACUUUUAUUCAUACCCACACCACGCUGAACAACACACUGGCUGUGGCAGUGGCACUGGCCCACUGGUAAACAAUGUGCCUGCCAAAACCCACAGUUUCUGUACGUCAAGAAUAACAUGUGAGUCUUAGAUUUCACAAAACUCCCUGAGUGGUUAAUAUUGCAGCUGCUGCCUUGAUUGAAUGAAAGUUUGCUGGUUUGUAAAACCACAAUCUCUCUAUUUACAGAUACAGGCUCUUAGCGUGACUGAGAGGCCGUUUUUAUUAUUGCUUCAUUUAUAUGAAGCACACCAUUAAAGACUUUGGGUUUUACCCUGAUUUAGCUUGGAGGUCCAAAAUACACUUUAUGUGUCUGUGAUCCUUGUGUGUAAACUGUAUCCGCCGCUAUACAGUGUGUAAGCAUGGGAAAAACCGUAUAAUGACUUCAGUGUUUUUGUGAAACUGCGUACAAAGCCAAAGAUAAACAGUGCUGUUUCCCACAGGAUGUAGAGGGUUUGUUAAUUAAUGUUAAAAGAGAUGAUGAAACAAAACCUGUUUUGAUCUUUUGUACGUCCUUAUCUUGACGUAAGAACAUUAGUUUCCUACAACUGUUGGCUUUAAAAGUCUUUAACUUUAAGAUUGUGAUCAUUUUAACCCCUUUCAUUGUUUUGUUGUUGUUGUUGUUUCCAUAGGGCAUUGCCUCCGACAUCGUACGAUACCUCGCCUUCUUCUCCUACUUCACAAUCCAGCUGGCCCAGCUCUUCCUGUGUUGUUUUGCUGACCAGCCUCCAGAGGGGAAAACCGUCUUGGAAAAGGUAGGCAGAGGAGAAUGUAUCCCACUUCCGCUGAAAAACCCGGUCCGACCCAGCACCCAGAAAAAAAAAAAAAGGUUGUCUCGCGGUUUUCAACUUUUGUUGUGAAGACACUUUUCCCUUUUGGAGGAAAUGAUGUGAUUCACUAUCCAGCUUCCUCUCCCACUCUCACCUCAUUGCUUUUUUUCCGAACUAUGAGGCUCGUGUGAAUGAGUGUUUGCGCGUUUAGCGUAGUCCUCCUGCAUACCUUCAACCGGACUCACUCACUCACAUCAGCCUCAGAUAACAUCACGACUGCAGCUCUGAGUCCGCCACCAAACAACAGCAGCAGAAUUACAUAACACAGACUCCACUAUCCCAUCAAUCACGAGCUUGACGUCUCAGAAUAACAAGAUGAUUCAGGGCGACUGGCAGGUGAAUGAAAAUAAGGCUCUCGUCUUGUCUGUGAUGUAACAUCGCUCAGAGACAAACAGUCAAAACAGGUGGAAAAGUCCCGGACAAAUUCAGGACCCGUGGUGAAAAGGUUGAGGGUAUAGAAGCCGCAGUCUGGCAGGGCGGACACACCCAUUGGUCGCUUCCCCUUCUUCCUCCACCUCCUCCUUCCCUCCGACCCACGCUCUGGUUAGAGUUACUCACAGGAAAAGGGGAGGUGAAGGGAUGAAGAGUAAUGAAGAGCACAAACACCCUGGUGAGGGGGUGGCAGGGCGGAGAGAUGCCAUAAAGUAUGCGCGUGAUGACAAACUUUCUUUCUGUGUGUGUGUGUGUGUAUCCACUUGUCGUAUGGUUUAUGAUGACACAUCUCCCCUCCGUCUGCGCUCGACCUCAAAACGUCAUAAUUCUCGCUGCGCUCACACUGAACUCUAUUUAUUCUGUCCUGUGGGAGUUCAUGGCCUCUGCUCUCUACAAUGGACCACCAGACUGCGCAGCACUGUUUGUGUUCUCAAACACACUCCUCACAAGCGCACUAUUCAACCAUCAACCGACCGCCUCUGAAGCUGUGUAUGACUCAAAAGCCUCUAAACCGUGAGAUUGACUGCAAAAACAAGCCUGAGUCUGGUCUCUAAUCUGUUGCAGAAUCCCUGUCCCGUCAAGGAUGCCUCUUUCCUGUCGAAGAUCCUCUUCUGGUGGUUCACCGGGUAAGUUGGUUCUUUAAAACCCUGUCAUUUUUAGGCUCCUGCUGACUCACUGUAGCAACAGUUUGCACUUGUUUACAAUAAUGUGUGUGUGUGUUUUGUUGACGAUUUGCGAGGGAGUAAUCUCUGCGGCUCCCUCUUCAGGCUUGUUGUGAAAGGAUAUCGCACCCCGCUGGCGGCUGAGGACCUUUGGACCCUGAGGGAGGAAGACACGUCAAAUAAGAUCAUCUCUGAGCUGGAAGAGGAUUGGACGGCUGAAUGUGCCAAAAUUCAAAAGUGAGAACUCUUGAAAUCUGAAGUCCUGUGGUGUAGUUUGUUCUCUCAUGCAUUAAACACAUAAAACAGGUAUGCUGGACUUAUUAAAAAGGAGUUAUGAUGGGAAAUACCAAAUCCCUUUGUAAUCUUUUCCACCGUAGUUAAGUUUUUCAUUAUACCCUCAAAAUAUGAACACCAUGACAGCUUUUAAAGUAAUUUAAAGGGUUUUGGCAGGAAAGUAAUGUAUCCUCUGGAGCCUGUGAAUGUCCGUAAAAACCUGUGUCAAUAUAUUCAGGAUGUGUCGACUUCUUAAGAUGAGUAAACAGACUUUAUUGGUCACAAAAUCUGUCUGUCUAUUGAGCCUAAAGAUAAUAUAGUUUAUGUAGGGUAGGGCUGGGCAAUAUGGCCUCAAAUCAACAUCACGAUAUAUUGAUCAGUUCACCUCGAUAACGAUAAAUGGACCAUAACUACUCCACAAGCUGCUCACUCCCUCCCACAUUAACUUUGUCUACUUCAGCCGCUACAACUUUUGAACCGUCCUCCAUCUCCUCACUGGGUGGGGUGGAGUCACGUCUCCGAAAAAGGAAAUGUCGUAAAGGGACAUGAGACCAUAGCCUACCUACAAACAUCCAAAACCAACUUUUAGUAUUUUUUUGACACCGAAUAUACCGACAUGGGCAAAAUGACGUCGGUUAUUGUCGUAAAUUUCAGUAUUGGUAAAUUUUCGGUUUAUCGCCCAGCCCUAAUGUAGGGGUUUAUGUCCAGGGUAUUUUUCACCUCUAUUUGUUGGUACAGUUGUCACUAGUAAAACCACACCAGUCUGUUUUAGUUACGCACCCUGUAACUGCUCGGCUGGCGCGGCCCAUCACCAGUCUUCAAAGACAAAUCCCACGUGCAGGAUAUAAACAUUUGUCUUCAGUUUUCCCUCUGGCACAUGUGGCUUCUUACUUACUUACUUUCUUGCCUGUGAUCUUCUCUUCUCUGUCAGAGCUCAGCAGCCAAAAAUCUUCCUUUUUAUUGCACGCAUUGUGCUGGUUCAAUUAAUGACUCAAACAGACCAUGACAUAACCAUGAUUGCGGUGAAUCGAAUAGCUCUGAAGGAGUCCCUUGAGGACAUUUAGUUCCAUAAUGUCAAGACGAGUGCCGUAUGUGUCAUCUCAAAGCUUGUUAACAAGAUCCAGCUCUUUGAAGAUCACUCGUUCAGUCCAAUAAAAUUGUCAGCUAAUAAUGUCUUUCACUGCUGCUGGCGAAUUCUUGAGUCCAUCGGUGACGAUACGAAAAACAACAUCUUUUUUUCUCUGUGCCGUCUGUUUUAUAUUAAAGUCUCUCCAUGUUGAGGCCCCUCUGACACAGAUGUCUUGUCUGUAACUAAGCUCUCUCUCUCUCUCUCUCUCUCUGGCAGGCAGGAGAAGGCCUUGGCGUCAGGUGUGGCAUUAGGGAGUAGACUGCCAGACCAGGCUCAGCUGCUUAGGAAGCUGCAGAAGGAGCAGAGCUCGGGCUUCUUCCUGCUCAGGACGCUUGCGCGCAAGUUUGGCCCGUACUUUCUGACCGGCACCCUGUGUAUCAUAUUCCACGAUGCCUUCAUGUUCGCCAUACCCCAGGUGCUCAGGUAAGACCUUAAGAAGAAGUGCACAAUCUGCUCUGUAGGGCUGUAAUCAAGCAAAGAAAGUCUUGGUCGACUAAAACCCUGAAAUUUGACCGCAAACCCUUCUGCGGCGGGGGAUGACGCGGCUUGGUGGGGUGAAAAUAAACUGAUAUCAGCACAGGAAGGCAAUUAAAUACAAAAGGCUAAAAUAUAAAUAUUCAAAAAACCAUCAGACGUUGGUUAACGUAGACGCUCUUGUCUUCAGCCGGUCUCCAAUAGGUUGGGCGAAUCCAAAAUAGUAAAAACAAGGGGGGUGUUCUGAGACAGGUUGUUACCUGUGAAACAAGGGUGCUCUGAAAACACCUCCAUAAGCACUUGGUACAUUCCUCCUGACAAAAUUAACCAUAGACUGUAAAUUGAGCACGUAUCAACCAGUAAGUAGACCAGUCAACUAAGACUUUACAGCCCUACUGCUCUGAGUGACGCUGUGCAGAAGUAGCAGCUGGACUAUAACCCUGAAGCUGCAGGGGUUUAUGGUUUGGGGUUAUGACAGCCCCCCAAAAAACAAACACUUUCCAUAAAUAUUCUCGUCUAUUGUUUGUCUUAUCCUGCGUGAGGAUAGAAACAGGCAGCAGAACCUUGUUUUGAACGAAUCUGCUCAUGAAUAGAUGACUGAUGCAAGAUUUUGUGUUAUUUGGAAAGGGAUGUUGUUGUUUUUCAAAUCGAACUUUCUUAGUUCUCAGACACCCACAAACCAAAUGCCACUGAGUGCGCAAAUUAAGGAAAAGAUACACCAGAUAUAUCACAACCUCAAAGCUCAGACCUGAAUUACCUUGAUGGACUUCACCCCAGCUAAAUUAGACCCGGGUUUUAUUGUGUAUUUUAGGGGAUGAGCUGUCCAGAUCAGUCUAGAGGUUCACUUUGAUGAAAAAGAAACUUCUCGGUUAUCACCUCAGAUAUCACUUUCCUCGUCUAUUCCGGUGAUUUGUGACACAGACAGCCAAAUAACACUAGAAUCUGGCAUCCGUGAAAAACAGGUCAUGGCUGACCCCGCCACCAGCCGCGCCAUCCCACUCGCCAGACUGGAAUGUUGUUGUGAUGCACAGCACCGAAUCAUUGGAAGUGUUAAUUACGGUCAUGAAGCUGUGAGCAAGAAAAAGUAGACGAGACCACAGCCCUCUGAGCUCCAGUAAGAAGGACCGGCAGAGAGGGAGAGGAGGCUCUAAAUGGCAGAAAUGUUGUCGCACCACAAUAAGAGCACCGCUGGCCAAGUGUGAGGGCAGCCCGGCCACAAGCUGAGCUCUGUUGUGCAACCGGAGCUGUUUUGUGUAGACCAGUCAGCCAGCAGCCGCAGCAGCACUCCAAGGCUACUGGUUUAAGGCACACAAUGAGAGUUAAAUAAUUCAAAACUGAAUGAAAAACAGUGAAAAAAGCCAUGCUGACAGGGUGAAACCAACUAUGUCCGAUUUGAUUUGUGUCAUUGUCUACUUUCCAGGGAAAUUCACAUCGACGUUAGCGUAGCGUUAUUGAGCAGAAAAGAAACAGACUCUGCGUAUAGACAAAACUAAACUACCUCAUUAAAUAUUACUCUUCUUCUUUUAUCCUGCAGUCUUCUUCUGGGUUUCAUGAGAGAUGAAGACGCUCCACUGUGGAAAGGCUACUUCUAUGCCACUCUGAUGUUCCUGCUGUCCUGUCUCCAGUCCCUCUUCAACCAUCAGUACAUGUAUACCUGCUUCACUGUGGGGAUGAGGGUGAAGACCGCCGUUAUGGGUUUAGUCUACAGGAAGGUGGGUGAAUCUGUAUCUAAUGGUGUUUAAACAGCUCGUCUGAAUCUGAAUCCAGAAGCAGAUUUCUGAUCAAAUGUCUCCUUGUUGUCAAUCCAGUCUCUGGUGAUAAACAGUGCUGCAAGGAGGACUUGCACUGUAGGUGAGAUCGUGAAUCUGGUCUCAGCCGACACUCAGAAGCUCAUGGACUUUGUGGUGUACUUCAACGCUGUCUGGCUGGCUCCGAUUGAAAUCGCUCUUUGCCUCUUCUUCCUCUGGCAGGUAUGUUAAGAAGCGCUCUUCUCGAUAUCACAGCUCAGCCAAACAGACCUUGACGCUGCUUUCUUCUCUUUUCUUUUUUUAACCAGCAUCUCGGCCCCUCCGCCUUAGCGGGGAUCGCCACCGUCAUCCUCAUUUUUCCACUCAACGGGAUCAUCGCAAAGAAAAGGAGCAAGCUGCAGGUACGAAGCUCUCAGAGGAGUCCUUUACACUUUCACUGACUCUCCAGUAGCCGCACAUCUGGCGUGUUCGGUCCGGGAUGCCACAGCUGGUUUAGAUAGUGGUCGAGGAGCCGUGUGGGUGUUUGGCCUGCGUGGUGCAUUCUCGCUUGUCCUUUUGAUGUCCGCCCCAUAUAACGUGCUUGAAAACAAUGAAAGGAAAGGGUGGGCAGUAGGAAGACAUCAUUUUUCAUUUCUUUGGAAAAACAACAGACAGUACUAUAAAUUUGGAUGCCAAUUUAAUCGAACUUAGUUCUGACUACAGUGACCACAUCCCGGGCCCUUUGUUGUUUCCUUGUCAUAAAAAAACACUGAAAUGUAACUAGCUAUAAAUUCCUUCAGGAUUAAAACAAGUUCCAUGAUGUAAAACAGGCUCAACAGCAGAUAAACUCAUGUCCACAACAGCCUGAAUCUGACUCAAAUGCUACUGUUUUCUACUUUUACAUGAAACACAUAAAAACAAAACAAUCCCAAUUUGUUUUUUAUAUGUUGCCAAGUAAAUUCUUUUCUCUGGUUGACAGGAGAUCCAAAUGAAGUUCAUGGACGGCCGCAUCAGACUGAUGAAUGAGAUUCUGAACGGGAUAAAGAUCCUGAAGUUCUACGCCUGGGAGAAAGCCUUCCUGGAGCAGGUUUUGGGUCACAGAGAAAAAGAGCUCAAAGCCCUGAAGAAGUCUCAGAUCCUUUAUUCGAUCUCCAUCGCAUCCUUCAACUCCUCCUCUUUCCUGGUGAGUUUACUAACAUGAGAAGAACUACCGCUUUGCAUCAGCCAACUCAAGUUCCAGGUGUCUUUAAAAAAGCUGAAAUACUUGAGCUCACAGACAGACAAGCUACACCACGGGGAUAGCAAGCAAAACACAUACACAAACAAGACUUUUGAAAGUUAUCUUAAACAUGUUAAUUAAAAAAAAAAACAUUACUUUUAACAAGAAAAGUGAGAUUAUUUUAUAGCUAGGGUAACCAUAUUCUGAAUCCCCAAAAAGAGGACACGACUACGGAAUCACAGAGUCGAGUUUUCCUGGUCGGGUCAGAGUUUUUUACGCACUUCUAACUCAGUAAGUCCACCUGACACAAACUCAAAACUUCCAUACAAAACCUCAGACAUUUGGAGGAUUUUAUAAACUCCCCCAGACAAAGCCAGACAAGGCCGAACAGCCCCCCAAAAAGAGGACAUCUCCGGGUAAAAGAGGAUGCAUGGUCACCCUAUUUGUAGCAUUUUAACAGAGCUUAUUAGCACAAUACUUACCACGGGGACAGCAUAGAGCAGACUGGACAAAUACAUACAUAUAAUAAGUUGAAAUAUGUACCUGGUAAGAACAGAGGCACAAUGAGGUCUCUCUAACAGGCAAUUAUGUAGCAAAAAGCUCCAACAUUGCUAAAAACAAAGAAACAAUGCUAGCAAGCAAAACACGUACACCGUGCGCCAAAAUGGCUAAAAACACAGUAAAAUUAUCACAUAAAAAUCGUACAAGAAUUUCGAAAGUUAUCUCAAACAUGUUAAAUAAAACAAAAUUACUUUUAAUGAGAUGUGAACUUAUUUCGUAGCAUUUUAAUGGAGCUUAUUCGCACACUACUUACCGCGGGGACAGCAUAGCGCAGACUGGCCAAGACGCACAGGCUACAUCAUCCAACUCUGCAAGAAGCCACCGCAGAGGGCGCUCACCUCACAUAGUCCCAACAGAUAUGAGUUAGGAUUCAUUGUACACAGCAUUGAACAGUGUUUAAACUAUUAAUAUAUUGAAAUAAUGACAGUGUAUGCCGAGUGACGACAAGUGGAAUCUUUAACUCCUCUACAUGUGCGAGCAACUUUUGGAGGCUGGGGAGCGGGUAUCGUGUUUCCAGAGUUCACCCUUAAUGUUCACAACAUGAAUAUUUGCUAAAUUUGCAAAUAACCACUAGACUGUCAAGUGUUGGACUCCAUGUGAGAAAGUUUAGGGGGGCAUGCUCAUGCCUGUACCAGUCCUACCAAGUCUGUUUUGAGAGUUUUUAUUUGUGUUUCAAUGAAAGUUUGAUCUCAAUCGUUCAGAUAGCCGCUGAGGUGGUGUGUGUCUGAACCAAUCAGCAGAACGAAAAAAACAAAAAACACAAAAUUGAAAUUAUAUCCUUGUGACCUGUUUUGAAAGACUUAAGACUUCAGUGGGGAUAAAUGGGCUUUGGGCUGGGUGCCACAGACAGGGCGGGGAUGAAGGCUCUCAGAGACAGACUAAUGCAUCUCUGAUGGUUUUUUGGUCUUUUCAUGGGAUAUUUAGACAAUUACAGAAAUUUAGAAAAACACCCACUUCAUACUUUCAAUUCUGCCUUUUAGAAUCACCAGUCGAAUGAGUUUGGCCCGCAGACGUAACAUUAAGAGAAUUAUUUUCGUCCCUUUUUAGAUUGCCUUUUCCAUGUUUGGCGUCUACGUGAUGCUGGAUGACAGGAAUGUCCUGGAUGCACAGAAGGUUUUUGUCUCCAUGGCGCUGAUUAACAUCCUGAAGACUCCACUCAGUCAGCUUCCAUUUGCUAUAAGCACCACGAUGCAGGUAGGCCACAUUUUAAUGAAAUACCCAUGAUUGCAUGGUGGCGUUUACUCUGUUUAUAAUGCCAGCUGGGAUAUAUAUUCACUGUCAUGUAUGGUGGAUAUAGGUCAGUUUACUAACCACCGACUCUGUUUCAGGCUGUGGUUUCACUGAGACGUCUGGGAAAGUACCUGUGCUCCGAGGAACUUAAAACAGACAACGUCUCAAAAGCUCCAUUGACUUCUGGUAAGAGCCCCACCUAUACAUAAACUAUUACAUAGAAUAAGUAAACUACUACGCUGUACAUUCAAAUACACCAAUUUCCAUAUUUUGUUACAUACUGCACACUGCCUGAAAUCACAGCCUGUCAUAAUCAAUAUAAUCUUCCCACAAGAUCUGUUGUUUAUAUCUGUGGAGUACCACAGCCUUGUAUGGAUCAUGUGCACUGUCACUUCCUGGGUCUUGGGCUGACUGGUAGACAGGGUAAUUAUAGGAUGUUUCCAUUUAGCGGUUGAACGUAAAUCACAGCAUGAAUUCAGACAUAUGAUUCAUAGAGGAAUAAAAAAAAUACUGCACUCUUCUGUCUGUAAUCUGUCAACACUUCCUAAGACAGCUUGUGAAAAAGCAAGAGCUCUGUAAUUUGUAUGAUUAAGCAAAUUCACUUGUAAUUACGCCCAGGCUGCGCUCUGACGACUAACUUCAAGGGGGAAUUUUGUUUGUUUGUCGCUCAGGUGGACCGAACAUGUGCCGUCUUCGGUUUGUAUUGCAGGUUUUGAUCAUUGCGCUCAAUCUUUCUCUUCUGUUUAGAUGGGGAGGACGUGGCAAUCGAAAACGGCACUUUCAGCUGGUCUGCAGAGGGCCCUCCAUGUCUUAAAAGGUAUGAUUAAUAAAACAGGUACAAUAUCCGCGAUAAAAACACAGGGAAACUUACAGAAAAUGCCCUUCUUCGUUGGCAGGAUCAAUGUCCAUGUGCCUCGAGGUUCGCUUGUUGCUGUGGUGGGACAUGUGGGCAGUGGAAAGUCUUCUUUGUUGUCGGCCAUGCUCGGUGAAACGGAGAAAAGGAAUGGCCGUGUUGCAGUCAAGGUACUGAGCUUUCGAUCAACAAGUCCGUUCUAUUCACAAAUGUGGGUUUCAUUUCAUAAAUACUGACUCUUUUCUCCUGACAUCUGUCCUCACAGGGCUCCGUGGCCUAUGUGCCCCAGCAGGCUUGGAUCCAGAACGCCACAGUCCAGGACAACAUCAUCUUUGGUCGUGAAAAGCUGAAGUCGUGGUACAACAGGGUGUUGGAGGCCUGUGCGCUGAUGCCCGACCUCGACAUCUUACCAGCUGGAGAUGCUACAGAAAUUGGAGAGAAGGUACAACACUGGGAGAGAGAAAGAGAUUAAAAUUUGAAUCUUGUCCUCAAAUCUAAAUACCGGUUUAAAGUAGACACUCAAACAUCUGUGUCCACGUAGGGUCUGAACCUCUCAGGUGGACAGAAGCAGAGAGUCAGCCUGGCCAGAGCUGUCUACAGAAAGGCUGAUGUUUACCUCCUGGAUGACCCGCUGUCUGCGGUCGAUGCACAUGUGGGUCAACACAUCUUCGACAAAGUCAUUGGACCUAAAGGAGUCCUCAGAGACAAGGUAAUAUUCAUAACAAAACCUGUGAGGUGUAAUUAAGUCUUACCCUCCAGCUGCAAAGAGCACCUAAACCACGGACAAGAAUGUGACCCGCACUUUAGUUAUCAUAAUAUGAAAACCGCCACGCUGCUGACUUCAGUGUUUUCAAGAAAGCCUCGGCUUAGCGCUGGAUUGUGCUUACAUCUUGUUUUUAUGACUUAUGUGGCUUGUUUUAUAGACCCGCAUCCUGGUGACCCAUGGGAUGAGCUUCCUGCCGCAGGCUGACCAUAUCCUGGUCCUGGUAGAUGGAGAAAUCACAGAGAGCGGCUCAUACCAGGAGCUCCUCAGCCGCCAUGGCGCCUUCGCAGACUUCAUCCACACCUUCGCCAACACUGAGAGGAAGGAGAGCGCCAUACAGAGAGGUGACUGUACAUCUCAGCGUUAGGUCUAAAACACAAAUCACUGUGUGCAGGAGUUUGUUGUACUGCUCAUCAAUCUGAAAACAGAAAAUCAAGAGUGUCCUUUUCACACACAGCUGGUUCCAGGCGGUCUAACGCUCGCCUCAGCAUGGUGGACUUCAUGCCCUUCUCCAGAGACCUGUCCCAGGAGCAGCUCAUUGGGUGGGUGAACAAACACAGAACUUGUCAAACUGUCAUGAAGAUGUCUGAAACCCUCCGAGCUUUCUUUACACAACUGACCUCUUGACUCUCAAAAUCCUCCAGGGGUGACACCACUAAUACCAACCUGCAAAAUAUGGAGCCUGUGUCUGAAACUGACCAAGAACAGGUACCAGAGGACCUGGGCAAACUGACUGAGGUUGACAAAGCUCGCACUGGGAGGGUGAGUCUGAAUAUAGCCUUUGAUUAAAGCUGUGAUGUUGGGAUAGUAGAUCUUCUGUAACAACAGCGGAUCACUUUGACUGUUUGUUGGCUGCUUCACAGAUGAUAAUCAACCAAUCGUGCGGCCCUCUGCGCUCUCUCGGGCAUUCACCUUCUUUUUUAAGCUCUGUCUAUGGUAUCUUAGCCGGCAGCAUUGCUGUUUUUGUUUACCGUCACCCUCUCAUUGCAUAUGAAGAGAACUAUACCACAUAGUCUGUGCCAACCACCAAACAGCAAAAACAACAGAAAAAGGCGAUGCACCACAGAGCAAAAUAUUUUCCUCGGGACUUUGUAAACAGAGCUCAUGAGAGGGAUCAGGGGACUUGAAAAUGAAGGGGGAGUAGGGCUGUAAUCAACCAAAGAAAUUUUGGUCGACUCAAACCCCGAAAUUUUUGACCAAAAUCGACUAAUCGUGGAAGGGGAGUUCCAACUCUGAUGGUAAACCCUUAUGCGGCGAGGGAUGACGCAGCUCAGUGGGGUGAAAAUAUACUGAUAUCAGCACAAGAGGGCAAUUAACACAAAUAUUAUAUUCAGCAAACCACCCGACGUUAAUUAACAUGGACGCUCUUCAAUCUUCUUGUCUCCAGCUGGUCUUCAUCAGGUUGGGCGAAUCCAAAUUGGUGAAAACAAAGGGGGGUGUUCUGAGACAGGCUAUUACCUGUGAAACAGGGGUGCUCUAAAAAAAAACACCCCCAUUAGCACUUGGUAUGUUCCUCCUGAUGAAAUUAACCAAAGACUGUAAAUUGACACGGAAAAAAAUCGAUUCGACCAAUCAGUCAAUUUUGGUCAACUCAGCGCCUAUUGACCAAUAAGUCGACCAAUCGAUUAGGACUUUACAGCCCUACGGUUGAGCAUCCACUUGAUAACUAGAAUUAAAAUAAGUUUUUUUUUUUCACUACAGGUGAGGUUGGCGAUGUACAAGAAAUACUUCAAGACCAUCGGCUUGGCCAUCAUCAUCCCCAUCGUCUUCCUGUAUGCUUUCCAACAAGGUGCUUCACUGGCCUACAACUACUGGCUCAGCAUGUGGGCUGACGAUCCCGUCAUUAAUGGUACCCAGAUCGAUACAGACCUGAAGCUGACCGUUUUUGGAGCACUUGGAUUUGUACAAGGUCAGUUGGCGCCGAUAAAUAAAAGGACAGUUUCACAAAAAUCCUCUCCCAGAAAAUAGACGCAACACUGAAUCCUCUUCAGAUCUGAUGGAUUAAACAUCUCUUUCCUUCUUUCAGGUAUCGCAAUUUUUGGCACCACUGUCGCCAUCUCCAUCUGCGGCAUCAUCGCCUCUCGUCACUUGCACAUGGACCUGCUGAACAACGUGCUGCGGUCUCCGAUGUCUUUCUUCGAGCGCACCCCGAGCGGAAACCUGCUCAACCGCUUCGCCAAAGAGAUCGACGCCAUCGACUGUAUGGUCCCCGAUGGUUUGAAAAUGAUGCUGAGCUACGUCUUCAAACUCAUGGAGGUCUGCAUCAUCGUACUGAUGGCUACACCUUUCGCUGCCGUGAUCAUCCUGCCCCUGGCUUUCCUUUACGCCUUCGUCCAGGUACGGUUUAUCCUCAUAGCGGUUUAACUCCACUCUGAUGACUUUUAUGGAGGCUUAGCUAGAGCUGGUAUUUCUUACACUGUGUUAGUGGAAAGCUCCCGGAUCCAAAACCAACUCUGCUGAUUUUGCUGUUCACUUGUGUUUUGUUCCCCCACCUGCUGACAUUGAUGUUACCCAAAUUCACUAUGAAUCAUGGGAAAGCCCUCGGCUCUCCCUGCUGGUUUCACUCACUUAAGCCGGUGUUUUACUUUUCCGCUGUGGGCUACAGAGCUUCUACGUCGCCACAUCCUGUCAGCUGCGGAGGCUGGAAGCUGUGAGCCGCUCGCCCAUCUACACCCACUUCAAUGAGACGGUGCAGGGCGCCAGCGUCAUCCGGGCCUUUGGCGAGCAGUCCCGGUUCAUUUUGCAGGCCAAUGAGAGGGUUGACUUCAAUCAGACUUCUUACUUCCCUCGAUUUGUGGCAACUCGGUGAGACGAUAUAUGAUUAUUAUGUGCUCAGAUUAUAUUUAUACUGAGUAGGACGGAUAUGGAUGAUUUACACUAAUAAGACCUACAAUAAUACCUUUUUGUGCAGUGUUUUAAAAAUACUUCAGUAAUCCAGAUACAUUCAGGAAGUUGUCAGCCCACAGCUAAAUGAAUGUGACGUCUAUAGGUGGCUGGCCGUCAAUCUGGAGUUUGUUGGGAAUGGCGUGGUCUUAGCUGCUGCCAUCCUCUCUGUGAUGGGAAGAAGCACCCUGAGCCCAGGCAUCGUCGGCUUAGCUGUGUCACACUCGCUUCAGGUAAGAGGUUCUGCCGACAAACACACACACACAGGUGCACUGGAGGUGUUUUAAUAUAGAGCAAAAAAUAAAGACACCACACACGGACAACCCAUGUUAUGAACAAAAUUGACCCUAAUACAUCACUAUUGUAGUGAUUUAAAAUGAGCCUCAUACGGCCGCACCAAAAUAAUACUUGGCGAUUGGAAUUUAUAAUAAAUGUCUGAAGAUUAAUAAUCUCAAAUUAUGACAUUUAUGCACUCGUUGAAAGGGGCACCACCCACCCUUAAUGGUGGGAAAAUAAAGAAAACAAAAGUUUAAUUCAGAAAUCAAACAUCAAGUCAGUUUUAAUUAAUCAGUCUCAUAUCUUAAGUCGAAAUUCUAAUUUCAGGGACUCCACUUCUGGAAGAACACUAACAGACAGGAACUUAGAAAAAUAAUGAUCUGUUUAUUACAGGAUAAAUGAUGGUACAACACACAUGCAAUAAAUGAUGAUAAGAUAAUGAAGAUAGAUAAUAAUAGGUGAAUAAAUAAAGAUUCUGAGUCAGGCUAGGAGCACUAAAGUUAAUGAUAGUGAGUGAAUAUGCGCUAACAUAUUAACCUACACUAACUUUGGUGUCGAGAUAAACUCGGGUGUAGAUUUGGAGGAAUCUAAGAUCACCAGAAUAAGAGGAUAUCUGAGUUGAACGCAGGAGACAGCACCAGCCCUCUUUAGAGCUCUGGAGGUUUGCAUACUUAAGUGAGACUGGUCCUUGGAGAAGAUGGAGCAGGUUCCGAAGGUCCGGGCUACUGGCGGUUCGAGCGGUUCAGCUCAGAAGACGACUGAAGUCAGCCGAAGGAUGAGCCCGGAGUUGCAGCACUCAGGCCCGAAGCAAAAACCAGCGCCUGUGGAUCCUGUGGAUGCUCGUUUGGGUACUUCUUUAGUCUCACUCAAAAACUCUGGCACAGAGGAUGACCUGGGCCUGUUGGAUUGCGUUCGGAGGUGACUUUGAAAUCACGCAGAAAACUCAGAAAAACGAGGCUCGAAGAGCAGAGAAAACUUUCAAAAAUGGCUUCGCGAAAUUAAAGAAAAUCAAUCAAAGGCUUAAUCUUGAAUUACUAUGUGCACAAAAAGUUGAAGUUUCAAAACUUGAACUAAGACGAUGUUAAAGAAAAAUCAACGUGAAUCAACACGUGGCGUAAAACUUAGAAGACUAAGAAAAAGUUCUAAGAGAAAACAAAGAAACGCACCACAGAAGGGUGUGGACAGAAGAGAAGGGGCAUAAGAGCCGGGGACAGGAGAGUCAGCAGAAGAGCAGAAGCAUAAGAGAGAGAAGAGGCAUAAGCGAGAAUAAGCGAGUGAGCAACCCCACUUCACUGGUUUUAUCUUCUCACACUGGGUGUGUCUGAGGAGAAAGAGGAGGGGUCAUCGGGUCUCUGAUUAUUUGAUCUAACUUAUUCUUUUGGCUGGUAAAAGAGUCAGAUCUGAUACUCACUCACUAUGAUUAAUAUCAUUGAAUGCUUGGUUUCAUGAUAAAUAAUUUGAUACUAAACACAUAUGAAUGAAGUGUAGGAUCACAUCAAACAUUCUCAUUAUGUUUUAAGUAUCACAUUGAACAUGCUAAAUUACUCUGAAAUGAAACAGAUAGUAACACAUAGAAACUGUGAACAACAAAAGAGUAAACACAUGUGAAUGAACGUCAUCAUGAUUAAUAAUGGAUUCUAAAUACUCACAUUCAGAUUAUUCAGUGACAUUAUAACCACCUAAUGGUUAAGAUACUAAAUAAAUAACUAAAAUAUAAACCAAACAUUUCUAAACUAUUUCUGUUACUUAGAGUAAACUUAGGAUUCAUAGUCAAUAAAUUUAACUCUUAAAAGUUCAUGAAACAGUCUGAAAAGCUGUUGGUCUAAAGAACUAAAGAAUAAGGAUUUAUUCUGUCAGAUAAGAUAACUUGGCUUCUGAAGCACAUAGAAAAACGGGAAACAUCUCAUUUUAACACAAAUUUCAUGAUUAGACAGAUUAGUACAUUGCUGAAUGCAUAAGAUGUCAUGAUCAGUCAUUUGUAUUCUUUCACCAAAGGAAUGCAGUCUUUAUCAGUGUAUGGUCGAGCAGGGUUUUACGACCGAGGUCUGGAGGUCAGUGUCCCCCCUUAUCCUGGGGUCCGUAUGUUCACACACUUUAAGACGCUUAAUCUCAAAUGGGAGAUCUGGGUUAAGGUUAAUGUUUAUUUAGAUGGUCAGCAAAUGGAGUCAGUUUGAAAGGUAAUAAAAACUCUGUCUCUGUUCGCCGAACUGACCAAUCCUGAAGAGUCAGAGGUUUAGUCAACCUCCGGUUGGGUCACUUAUUUAACCUGAAAGGGCAAACACGUCUGGAAAGAUUUAUAUCCUGUUUCCUGGGACCAGAUAAGGAAACUUUCCUGUAAGGAAUGUGUGGGUUUCACAUCCAGGGUUGUCUUGAUUGCUACAGUCCCCCCUUCGUCACGGUGGUCCUGUCCAUGGAGCAUCGGGACGACGAGUAGACAACCAUGAAGCAGCAGCAGGUGUAUGCAAAUAGGACUGAUGCGUCUCGUCAUCACUAUGUGAAUCACUAGUACUGCUUUGAGAUAAAAUUAAGCAUGCAUUAAGCUAUCAAAUAAAAUAGUCUUGUUGUUAGACUUUUCUCAGUUAACUAUUGGUAGACUAAUGUGAAAGAAAAUCUCCUAAUUUUCAGUAUUAAUGAGAUUUAGAAAAGCACUCUUUAGUCUGAAUGCUAACUGGAUCUAAAGCUAUAGCUGUUUUUCAUGCUUGCUGGAGAAGUCUGAAAGUUCAAUUUCAGUUUCAAAAAUGGUUAAGACUUAGGUGGAAAAGAAAUGUCUGCUAUAGACAUAUUAACCAUCUGUGUAUGAGCAUAGUCAACCUGAAUCACAAACAUCAAAAGUUUACUGCACAGAGUUUCUCUUAAACUUUGUCUGUUAAACUUGGGGAUGAUGCUCUUAUCGGUUUGACUAAUUAUCUGCUGUUGAGUCUGAAAUUUGUCAAUCUGAGUCUUAAUGACAGAAAUUUCAGCUUUUAAUCUGUUGAUGAGAUAUUUGACAGCUGACAAGCUGACCAUAUUGACAGAGGAGAGACAAAUGCUAACAAAGAAAGCAGCAACUGGGGUUGCAGUCAUCAAUGUAUCACCACAGCAUUUGGAUAUCUUAUUGGAGUCAUUUAGCUUUGGCUGGGUGACUUCUGCUUUCGCAGGACUCACACCUUCAUGACUCCGCAGUGUUAAUCUCAGUGGUUAGCUGAGUAGUCAUGUUUAUUCACCUUCAAAGUGGAUGAAACCGAUUGAGGUGGAUAAUAAGAUCGUCGUUUCUGAGAGUGUGAUUUACUCUGAUUCUGCCAGUCAUUCACCCCCCUUUGGCGGUGUUGAUGGUUUUUCCUUUGUCUGGGAUAAAACCCACCAUGACUGGAGUCUGAAUAACAACAGUUGGUCUCAAAGUUUACCUGGCAUUGGUCUGUGUCAGACCUGGGCCUUGGUAUGUAACUUUGACCUUUGUGAGUUUGUUGAGGUCGAAAAGGUUUUGGAGGCCUGGUUAACCACUCAUUUGGAGGCUUAUCGGAGCCUGAAAAUACACAGUCUGAAGCUUCGUUCAGCUCCAUGGGCAGUGAUUUUGUCCCCAUAGCCAAGAGAGUAACGGGCUCUGCUUUCUUAGCCAAAGUUUGUCGUUGUUUGGCAAAACCUUUUACAGCAAGUUCACGAAGCUGUCGGCUAGUCAAAGUGUUUGGACAAGCUAAGACGCCAAGGUGAUGACUGGUGGUAGGGUGGAGGUUCUGGACGAACAGCGUUUUGAAGUUCAAGUCCUCCUCCAUUUCUGGUUCAUUUCGGAAACCAAAGUAAGCUUCGCGUAAGCGGUUGUAAUACUGUUGGGGAGGUUCUGAUCUCCCUUGUUUAAUAGACAGAGCAGCAGAGAGGCCUGUCUGGGUCAAAUAGUCAGAAAACUCUUCAAUUAAUGCUUGGCAGAGCAAGUCAUAAUUAUUUCUGACAUGAUAAGGCUGUCGUUCAAGGAAACUGCUAACCUCUCGACUUGACGUCGCCUUAAUAAGGUAGAUUUUGUCAUCAACGAUUGCACCUGGAAAUUUCCUCAGGUAAAAGUCAAUGUCUUUCAAGUAGGUGCAGGUGUCAGUAGCACCUUGGUGCUCAGGUUCAAAGCGUGCUAUGAUGCGAGCAAUUUUGUCAAGAUCCCUAUCUGAGGGAAAUGGUAAGAAGCCAUCAUGGGGAGGAGAGUAGGACUCUUGGUUUAAGGAUGACCUCUCAGGGUCAAGCAGGGUCCUGUCAUGAUGCUGAGAGAGAUACUUAAGAGUUGGUUUGGAAGGAAGUGAUGGCGCUCUCUCAGGAGGCUGAUCACCUAUCAUUUCUUCAAGAAAAGUUUGCUCCAUGCGUUCUCUUUGGGCUCGACCCGACUGGAGGGAGCAUUGUAACUCUCUUUGGGCAUCUUCAAGUUCUUUGUCUGUCUUUUCUUGCCGUUCUUGACAAAGAAUUAACUGUCUUUGAGCUAUCUGGAGCUGGUGCUGUAAGGUAGAAGUUUGCUUCUCCUUAACUUCAAGAGCUUCAACACGCACUUUGACCAGUGCUUUCAAAGCUUUUACAUCUUCUGUUGCUUGCUCUAGUAGGGAUUCUGACUGUAUCAGAUCCUCUGUGGUCUUAGCAAGCUGCUUAUUCGUGUCAUCAAGUUCUUUCUCCUUUUUAUAAAGGGUUUCAUUAAGUCUUUCAAUCUUGUCUUUGAGAUCAAGAUUUUCUUCAUGACUUAUCAGUGAGGGAAGCUUUGACGCUUCACAUCUGACACUGUGUUUUCCUAAAACACUUAGAGACUUCUUAGUCUCUUCUAGCGUCUUUUUCAGAGCGCUGUUUUCGUCUUUUUGCGCCUUUAUCUUUGCUAAAGCGCCUUCCAGCAAGUAGUCUUUAUACUCAAGCUGAGAAGACAUCAUGACAGACAUGCAUCUAGUGAGCUCUUUGUCACGAAGUGUCGUGGUUAAGGCUAUUUCCAGUAAGUCAGCCAUUGCAUCCUCCGGACUGGAGGGUUUGGCCUUUUGAAUCUUAGUCAUGUACUGGGGUAUCAGCUGACUAGUUAAAUUUGCUAACACUGUGUGUAUGUCCCUCAGGGGGUCUCCCUGGCUGGACUCUUUUGUGUUAGGCAUGUUUGGUUUUGGUAAAGAGGUGCAGCUGGUUGGUUGAUGAGUUUGAAUUGACUUAAAAUGAAAGGAAGAAGCAAAAUAUCAAAUUAAGUGGGUUAAUCGACUUAAUUUAUCAGUGCUUGAUAAAGAGGAAGAGCCUAUCUGAGUAGAUCUCUAAUGGAGAGAAAAAUAACAUAAAGUUAAAUUCAUUUCAAUGAAAAUUGAAAGAAAAACAAGGUGAAAUAAUGUUAAAUUAAAUUUAACAUCAGAUACAGAACCAUUGAAUAAAGGGUUCAAUUUGUCUCCGUGUUGCAGAGAUCAGCAAAGCUUAAAUAAACUGCCUGAUGCAGUUGGAUGAAUUUGAAAAAUCAAUGAAAUUGUCAAUUUAAGGAAUUAACUCUGAAAUUAAUUCACAAAUUGCAAUAAAUCCAAAGGCUCGAAUACCAAAUCUAUCUGGAAUGUUAAAAGAAAUUUCAAAUAUUAAUUAAUUUGUUCAUUAAUUAAUUAAUCUUAUGAGGAGGGUUAAUACAUUCAUGUAUUAUAGGGAACAGUAAAACUGCUCAAUGGUGUGAUAAGUAACAACAAGAUCAGGUGAUUGAUUCAAGGAGUUACUUCAUCAAUACAUUAUGGAGGCUCUUAUAACAAAGAUAAAAAUCAAAAAUCAAUGAUCAAUGAUUUAGAAUAAGCACAUCAAACUUCAUCAACCAAGUCAAUCACUUGAAUUAUGUCUGUAGAGUGUUACACACUGACUACAGAGAGGCAGUACAGCUGGCUGAUACUGCAGGCAGAUAAGUGUUAGCUCAAUACCAAAAGCAACCAUGUGGGGCAGUAUGGAGUUGGGAGAACUGCACAAGCUCAACACUAGUGGAGAAGAAGAAGAAAAGAGGAAACAGUCAUCCAACUAGCCUCUUGUGGCUGUGAGGAGUUGGGAAGUCUGCAGGAAGGGGCCUUUAGGCUCUGCCUCCUCGAAGGGCCUUAUCUGCUUAAGGCCAAAAGGUCAGUCUCUCCACUGACAACAAAGGGUUAACAUUUCACAGCAGGCUGCGUCUGCACCCUCAAACAUAGAGCUUUACACCAUCUGCUCAAGCAGAUCGGUUCAAUAAAAUCAUUUACAGGAACAAGAAUCAAAGUGACAAAUCCUUAAACAGCAGAUUCAACUGCAAACUUAAAAUCACAAAUGCGGCGAUUUGUGAACACAAAUUUUGUCUGAAUUCAAUCAAACCCCAACCUCCCACUGUUACAGUGGUUUCCUGUGACAGAUAGCUUAUCUGUCAGGGGAAAGGAGGAAAUCUAAAUCCCAUAUAGUUACUAGAACUUCAUAGCAGACUAUAGCGGCAAGAAUCAAAGUGACAAAUCCCUCAAUAGCAGAUUCAACUGCAAACUUAAAAAUCACAAAUGCGGCAAUUUGUGAACACAAAUUUUGUCUGAAUUCGAUCAAACAACAACCUCCCACUGUUACAGUGGUUUCCUGUGACAGAUAGCUAAUCUGUCAGGGGAAAGGAGGAAAUCUGAAUCCCAUAUAGUAACUAGAACCUCGUAGCAGACUAUAGAGACUUCAGGGGCUUGAAACCACAGCUCGGAGCAUCGCGAACACUGGGUUCAGCCAAAGGCCUUAAAUACAAGCGUACGGCGACGCAACAAUCGUGCACUUAAAUAUUGGACAGUCUAGACAGAGCAGAAGAAGCAGUCUCACUGCUACUCAGAACAACAUUUCACGCUGUCCAGCUCAAACACAGACUACAGGCAUGUAGUACAAAAGUGUGUGAAACACAGAGCAUAAAGGUUUUAUGCAUAGAUCAGGAAAACAUCAGAACUUAGUCAAGCAACUUCAGCAAGCAUAGCAUUGAUUGUGAUUAAGUCUAAAAUAGCCUGGAAAUAAGUUUCUCGCAUCAAUUUGGAAGGCUAAGUUUAAGGUUGUCUGUUAGUAUCCAGAAGUUUUGUUUGAAACGCCUCACACGGGGCACCAAAAUAUAUGUAGUGAUUUGAAAUGAGCCUCAUACGGCCGCACCAAAAUAAUACUUGGCGAUUGGAAUUUAUAAUAAAUGUCUGAAGAUUAAUAAUCUCAAAUUAUGACAUUUAUGCACUCGUUGAAAGGGGCACCACCCACCCUUAAUGGUGGGAAAAUAAAGAAAACAAAAGUUUAAUUCAGAAAUCAAACAUCAAGUCAGUUUUAAUUAAUCAGUCUCAUAUCUUAAGUCGAAAUUCUAAUUUCAGGGACUCCACUUCUGGAAGAACACUAACAGACAGGAACUUAGAAAAAUAAUGAUCUGUUUAUUACAGGAUAAAUGAUGGUACAACACACAUGCAAUAAAUGAUGAUAAGAUAAUGAAGAUAGAUAAUAAUAGGUGAAUAAAUAAAGAUUCUGAGUCAGGCUAGGAGCACUAAAGUUAAUGAUAGUGAGUGAAUAUGCGCUAACAUAUUAACCUACACUAACUUUGGUGUCGAGAUAAACUCGGGUGUAGAUUUGGAGGAAUCUAAGAUCACCAGAAUAAGAGGAUAUCUGAGUUGAACGCAGGAGACAGCACCAGCCCUCUUUAGAGCUCUGGAGGUUUGCAUACUUAAGUGAGACUGGUCCUUGGAGAAGAUGGAGCAGGUUCCGAAGGUCCGGGCUACUGGCGGUUCGAGCGGUUCAGCUCAGAAGACGACUGAAGUCAGCCGAAGGAUGAGCCCGGAGUUGCAGCACUCAGGCCCGAAGCAAAAACCAGCGCCUGUGGAUCCUGUGGAUGCUCGUUUGGGUACUUCUUUAGUCUCACUCAAAAACUCUGGCACAGAGGAUGACCUGGGCCUGUUGGAUUGCGUUCGGAGGUGACUUUGAAAUCACGCAGAAAACUCAGAAAAACGAGGCUCGAAGAGCAGAGAAAACUUUCAAAAAUGGCUUCGCGAAAUUAAAGAAAAUCAAUCAAAGGCUUAAUCUUGAAUUACUAUGUGCACAAAAAGUUGAAGUUUCAAAACUUGAACUAAGACGAUGUUAAAGAAAAAUCAACGUGAAUCAACACGUGGCGUAAAACUUAGAAGACUAAGAAAAAGUUCUAAGAGAAAACAAAGAAACGCACCACAGAAGGGUGUGGACAGAAGAGAAGGGGCAUAAGAGCCGGGGACAGGAGAGUCAGCAGAAGAGCAGAAGCAUAAGAGAGAGAAGAGGCAUAAGCGAGAAUAAGCGAGUGAGCAACCCCACUUCACUGGUUUUAUCUUCUCACACUGGGUGUGUCUGAGGAGAAAGAGGAGGGGUCAUCGGGUCUCUGAUUAUUUGAUCUAACUUAUUCUUUUGGCUGGUAAAAGAGUCAGAUCUGAUACUCACUCACUAUGAUUAAUAUCAUUGAAUGCUUGGUUUCAUGAUAAAUAAUUUGAUACUAAACACAUAUGAAUGAAGUGUAGGAUCACAUCAAACAUUCUCAUUAUGUUUUAAGUAUCACAUUGAACAUGCUAAAUUACUCUGAAAUGAAACAGAUAGUAACACAUAGAAACUGUGAACAACAAAAGAGUAAACACAUGUGAAUGAACGUCAUCAUGAUUAAUAAUGGAUUCUAAAUACUCACAUUCAGAUUAUUCAGUGACAUUAUAACCACCUAAUGGUUAAGAUACUAAAUAAAUAACUAAAAUAUAAACCAAACAUUUCUAAACUAUUUCUGUUACUUAGAGUAAACUUAGGAUUCAUAGUCAAUAAAUUUAACUCUUAAAAGUUCAUGAAACAGUCUGAAAAGCUGUUGGUCUAAAGAACUAAAGAAUAAGGAUUUAUUCUGUCAGAUAAGAUAACUUGGCUUCUGAAGCACAUAGAAAAACGGGAAACAUCUCAUUUUAACACAAAUUUCAUGAUUAGACAGAUUAGUACAUUGCUGAAUGCAUAAGAUGUCAUGAUCAGUCAUUUGUAUUCUUUCACCAAAGGAAUGCAGUCUUUAUCAGUGUAUGGUCGAGCAGGGUUUUACGACCGAGGUCUGGAGGUCAGUGUCCCCCCUUAUCCUGGGGUCCGUAUGUUCACACACUUUAAGACGCUUAAUCUCAAAUGGGAGAUCUGGGUUAAGGUUAAUGUUUAUUUAGAUGGUCAGCAAAUGGAGUCAGUUUGAAAGGUAAUAAAAACUCUGUCUCUGUUCGCCGAACUGACCAAUCCUGAAGAGUCAGAGGUUUAGUCAACCUCCGGUUGGGUCACUUAUUUAACCUGAAAGGGCAAACACGUCUGGAAAGAUUUAUAUCCUGUUUCCUGGGACCAGAUAAGGAAACUUUCCUGUAAGGAAUGUGUGGGUUUCACAUCCAGGGUUGUCUUGAUUGCUACACUAUUGUGGAACAUGUAUGCAGGGCUUCUGGAGCUGUCCAAGAAUAUCAAAGUUCUGGUCAUGUGAAUCUAAGGAAGUGACAGCAAGAUUCAAAAACAAGAUAUAUACAGAUCCAGGCCAGUUUCUAUUGGGGCUGCCACCUACAGAUAGAGUUAUGGAUGUGAGAAGAUCAAAAUAACUUAAUAAACUAGGGCUGGGCGAUACACUGAAAAUUUACGAAAACCAAAAUUUACGACAACAACCGAAGUCAUUUUGCAUAUGUCUAUAUUUGGUGUCACAUAAAUAAAUAAAUAAAAGUUAGUUUUAGAUGUGUGUAGGUAGGCUAUGGCCUUAUGUCCCUUUAAGAUGUUGUACUACGUCAGAGACGUGACUCCACCCCAUCCAGUCCGUUAACAAAGAGGGAAAGACAGAUGAGGAGAUGGAGGACGGUUCAAAAGUUGUAGCGGCUGAAGUAGACAAAGUUAAUGUAGGAGGGGGUGAGCAGCUUGUGGAGUAGUUAUCAUCCAUUUAUCGUUAUUGAGGUGAACUGCUCAAUUUAUCGUGAUAUUGAUUUGAGGCCAUAUCGCCCAGCCCUGUUAGAGAAUGUAUACUAUUUAAUUGGACUAGCGAGAAACCUCCCACUGUAACUCAGUGGUACGAAGAAGUUUUUAGAGUUUUACCGCUGGAAAGGCUAAGUGCCAAAUUAAAAGGGAAUCAUGAUAUUUUUAUGGACACAUGGCGGCCCCUUAUGGAUUACUUGCCUGAAGGUCUAAGUAAAAUCAUCCAGAGGGGAGACAGUGGUUUAGAAUGUCCCAGACUGAGCUGACUGUUGAUAAGAAAUGCUUUUUAUUAAGUACAAGGACACAUAUUUCAUUAUUUGAUGAUACGUUGUUGUGUUGUUGUUUCUCUCCUUCUCUUGUCAUUUUCUACCUUAUUUGAAUUUUGCCUAUUAAUUAUUGUUCCCUAGAUCAGACCACUGCUUAACGAUGUAUGCUUCUAUGUUAAUUCUGAAAAUAAAAUAAAAUAAAAUAUGAUUAUUAAAAAAAAAAACACUUGAGUUGUACACUAAGAUUAAACAACUGCACAGCAAGUUAGCAAAUAAGAUAAAAAUAAACCUCAUUGUGUUUGAUUUUACAGGUGACUGGAAUCCUGAGUUGGAUUGUGAGAUCAUGGACUGAUGUGGAAAACAAUAUUGUGUCUGUGGAGAGAGUCAGCGAGUAUGCUGAGACAGCGAAAGAGGUCAGUAUUCACAACAACAACACCUAUGUGCACAAACGCAUGCAGAGUUUUACUGCUGGACUUCUCCAAAAUGCACUGCAGCAGAAACACAUCACUGCAGUGUUCACCAAAUAUAACUGCGUCAAACAAGAGGGCCUUUGUUGUUCUCCGCUCACACUGUUUCUGUCUCAUCCAGGCCAGUUGGAGUAUCGAGGGCAGCUCCCUGCCCCCAGCCUGGCCCCAGAGUGGCACUCUAGAGUUUCAGGACUACGGGCUGCAGUACCGUAAAGGCCUUGAGUUGGCUCUGAAGGGCAUUACCCUGCAGAUUCAUGAAAGAGAGAGAGUGAGUCAGAAGCAGUUUGCUGUCUCUGCUUGAUUUAAUCCUGGAUCACAGAAAUUUGUCUGAAUUGUGGAAAUGCUGUAUACAGUAUCUGACUGAAAACCUCUUUUCCAGGUUGGAAUUGUGGGUCGGACCGGAGCAGGGAAGUCUUCACUUGCACUGGGAAUCUUCAGGAUCUUAGAGGCAGCCAAGGGAAAGAUCUUUAUCGAUGGAGUCAACAUCGCAGACAUUGGACUCCACGACCUUAGAUCUCGCAUUACAAUCAUUCCUCAGGUACGACAGUGAGAGUAUCGGAAACUGAGCCCUGGACUUUGUCACAUAAACUGUUUUGAAGAGUUGUACUCUGUAUCCAACGUAGACUUGGACACUUAGAUCAUCAUGUGAUAAAAAUGGACUGUUUUGUCAUGGAAAAUGUCCUUCCCUCUCCCCCAGGACCCUGUGCUGUUCUCAGGCUCCCUCCGCAUGAACCUUGACCCCUUUGACACCUACACUGAUGAGGAGGUGUGGCGUUCACUGGAGCUUGCUCAUCUCAAAAACUUUGUGUCGAAUCUCCCUGACAAACUCAACCAUGAAUGCUCAGAGGGCGGAGAAAACCUCAGGUACACGAACACACGGAUAAAACCGCUCACUAUUGUUCCACCUCGUCGGUCACUCAAAUAUUAUCACAGUGAAUGCACAGACUGAAUAUAACGUAUGAUUGCAUCGCUGUCUCUCCAAAUCUUUGUCUGAGCAGUCUGGGUCAGCGACAGCUGGUGUGCCUGGCCAGGGCCUUGCUGCGGAAAACCAAGAUCUUGGUUUUGGAUGAGGCGACGGCUGCUGUGGACCUGGAGACAGACACGCUCAUCCAGUCAACAAUCCGCACUCAGUUUGAAGACUGCACAGUCCUGACCAUUGCUCACCGCCUGAACACCAUCAUGGACUACACCAGGUAUAUGACAAUUCAAGGAAAUAAUGAAUGAGAGUGAACAUUUAAAGUUAUUAAUCGAGUAAAAUACCAAAGAUGUAAUGGCCGUUACUCUUAAAAUGUAAGGACCUACGACUUGUGGCGAGAUAUGAACCAGCUGAAAUAAACGAACUGGUUGUGGUUUUAAUAAUGAAUCUGAAACCUGACCUGUGCUGUUUCUCGUUGCUUCACAGAGUGAUUGUCAUGGAUAGAGGCCAUAUUUCUGAAAUGGACUCUCCAUCCAACCUCAUCGCCCAGCGGGGACAGUUCUACCGGAUGUGCCGGGAAGCUGGGCUGGUCUAGGCCACCGUUGCACGUCUUACCUUUGGAGCAAGUG